AUGGUCGGUGUUGGCAGUAAUAUUUCCCUCUAUACAGGUUUGGCAUACCCACUUGAAAAGGAAGGUUUGUUGUUGUUGAGAAAGAAAUCUAGAUGCAAUUUUAUGGUCUCUAAGAAUUGCAUCAAGAUGGACAGAACUGGAAUUCAUCAUGGUCAUGAGAGUGGAAUUGAGGACAACCCCACAAGAAAAAACGUUUCAUUGAGCUCAAGAAACAGGAUGGAAGAGUAUAAUAUUGCCAUGAAAAAGAUGAUGAGGAACCCAUAUGAGUAUCAUCAUGAUCUUGGUAUGAACUACACAUUGAUAACUGACAAUGUGAUUGUGGGCUCCCAACCUCAGAAACCUGAAGAUAUAGAACAUCUGAGACAUGAAGAGAAUGUGGCCUACAUUCUAAACUUGCAGCAGGACAAGGACAUUGAAUAUUGGGGUAUUGAUUUGCAGUCUAUAAUACAAAGAUGUAAACAACUUGGAAUCCGUCAUAUGAGAAGGCCUGCAACAGAUUUUGACCCAGAUUCCUUGAGAAAUAUAUUACCCAAAGCUGUUUCAUCGUUGGAAUGGGCUGCUUCUGAGGGAAAAGGGAGAGUGUAUGUACAUUGCACAGCUGGACUGGGAAGAGCCCCUGCAGUUACGAUAGCUUACAUGUUCUGGUUUUGUUCCAUGAACCUUAAUGCAGCUUAUGAUACUCUAACUUCAAAGAGACCUUGUGGGCCCAAUAAGGGAUCAAUACGUGCAGCCACUUACGAUCUAGCUAAGAAUGAUCCAUGGAAGGAGCCCUUUGAGAGUCUACCAGAAUAUGCUUUUGAAGAUAUAGCAGAUUGGGAGAGGCACUUGAUUCAAGACCGUGUUCGUUCCCUCCGUGGAACAUGA